ACUUCCAAUUGCCAGAUGCAGUCAGUAGCAGAGGGAAGAGGCGGACUGCACGCUGCACUGGUAUCGCAAUAUGCAAACAUCGAUUUGACAAAAUGGUUGCAAUGUGAUGACUAAAAUCGGACAUAGCAAAACAGGGGGAAAAAAAGCUAGAAAACUGAGUGCCGUGCGAUAUUGUGGAAGCAGGGAACAAUUUAUAAUUCCAACGCAGCGAGUGAAAUCAGACUGUCGGAGCCGUGUUGGAUUACACAGUAGUGCAAAGCGGGACAGCAAAAAAAGUUUGCGAUUCUUUUGCAGUGCCAGUUCUGUGGGAGUUCGUUGGUGAAUAUACUUCACCUGUACUUUUAACAACAGGGCACAACCCAAACUGUACUUUGCAUUGCGCUGGAAGUAAGUAUUUGUGCAAUUAACGAUAAAGUGAACCACUCGAUCAAAAAACAAACGCUCGAUGUAACUGGAGGUCUGUUCCAAUCACUAUCUUUAGUGUCUCCUCCCCCUGUUGGAUGCCCAGUUCCCGAUCCGCGAUUCUCGUAUUCCCGGGAAUAAUUUGUUUCUGUGCUCUUGUGCGGGCCAGCAGAGGAAACGACACACUUGUUGGAGACGGCGAAUCGCGUUGUCCACUUGUGGCCGCUUCAAAAAUCUUUAACUGGAACAAUCAGCAGAAAGCGACCUGCGGACUCUUGCCUUGCGAGAAUCUUUCUGGAGAUCCACACGGCGUUUCAUCUGGUCCUGGAUUAGUGGUGCUGGAAGAGCACAGCAGUUCAGGCAGGAACAGUUUGGAUUCCGGGAUCGAUUAGACAAAACAACAAUACGUUUGUCAUAUCGCGUCUGCAGGAAUUGCAAGUGGGGGAUCACAGUGCAAUUGGAAAUUAGAAGCUACCUAUCACUGAGUUCAGUGUAUCUUAAAAAGUCGGGGGAAACCAGGCAUUAGUAUAACACGAUUGCUGUGCAAAAUUAUAUUGUCACGGAUGCGAGAGAAAUUAAGGCGGAGUUAAUAUAUGGGAUUUUACUGUAUUUUUUUCCAACCUGAAAUGAAAGGGUUUAGUCCGUGAUUUGUUCUAUCGCCAUGCUUGGAAAAAAGUAAUGCACACAACUCCCAGCGGCUGCAAUAAAACUGUGCACGUAGUCUCUCAUAUCUUUUCGUAAGCAACGAAAAACUCAUUCAAGUAAUUUGCAAGUGAUGAAGAAAAAUGAAACAACUAACGGGAUAUUGAGCACCUCCUCAUUUUUUAUUCUUGUUGUAAAUGCACUGUGGAAGUCAACAGUCAAGGCUUGUGUUUUAAUCAGCCCCCCUGCCCUGCCCGCCGCCUAAGCGAAAGUAAAAAUCCAGACUGUAAGAAAUAAUUUUGCACACUCCCCCCUCCAAGUGCACCCAGCCACUGUCACUCCCACCUACACGGUAAUAAGGAGAGGAGAAUGGAGACCCAGAGCCUUUAUGGGAAUUACAGCGCGCAGCCCGGCCUCGAAGCAGCGGGCAUGCAGCGCCAGGGGGCGGCGUUCCAGAGCGUCUUCCACGCGGCGUGCGCGCGCGGGCACAGCCUGAUGCGCGCCAGCGAGCCGCCGGCGGGGGCGAGCGCGCCCGACGCCCCCGCGGGAGGUGAGCGCUUCGGCCCCUUCUACGAAGCCGCGUGCCGCCAGGGCGCCGCCAUCUUGGGCCAGCAGCGGGACGAGGUGGCGGUUGGAGGCGGACGCGGCGGUUACGGCCACGCGCCGUUCAUCGUGCGGACUCUGUUCAGCAGCUCGGGCGACGCGUGCCCCGAGCGGGAGAAAGGCAGAGAGUGCUGCUGCGACGGCCAUGACUUCGAAGACCGCGAGCUGGUCAGGGAUCUCUCCCCGGAGACGGAGUUCAGCGGCAGUUGCUCUUACUCCCUGACCAACGACACUGCCCGGGAGCUUUGCAAAGCCGUCUCGGUGUCCAUGGGCCUCAACAUCGACAACAAUGAGCUGGGUGAACUGCAUUCUCCCUUUGGCCCCAAGAGAGACUGCAUGUUCUUCUCUUCCAAUAACAGUAACAGAGCAGUCAGCAUCGAUACUGCAGCGACAGCGCCCAGUGACGACCCAUGCCCUGGCUCUCAAAAUAUGAGGCUAGCCAACAGACUGGAAACUGGGGACGAGCUUAAUCGAGGGGAACAUAGGGAGUCAGAAAGCAGUGCAUAUUCCACAGAGUACGACGUAUCUCAUUCAAGGAGGGAGUCUAUUUGUAGAGGGUUAGUUGAAGACUCCACUGCUAAUGAAUGUAUCACCAGGGCUCAAGAAGCUAAAUGCAUUGGUGAAGAAAGUCAGACAGCUGAUUAUGCUGAUAAGGAUCGUAAGCAGUGCCACAUUAACAGAGCGUUUCCAACUAACUGUGAACAUGACCAAUCUUCGUCUGAAGAAAACACCCUGUAUAACCUGUCAAAUAGAGUUGGCUUGAGAGAUGCUGAUAACUGUGACCUUAAUAAUGACAAUCCAUGCGAUGCCCAGUUUGGUGUAGCAGCAAACAUUAAAAUUAAAAUAGAAGAACACAGCAGCAUAGACAACCACAGAGCAUUUUCUCCUCAAUGCAGAUAUAUGGAUUGCACAAUGACGCCACUUUAUGGGUCCACACCAUCUUGGCGUUACAUUGAAAAGGGGAGUUUUGAGAAUGACUUUGGUGGUUCUCCUGAAUAUCCAAGUAAUGAUUUAGCAGUUCGGGAUAACAUUAUUACAUCUGACUCAUGGUACUCAAGUGGUCUGCUAGAUAGAGGGCCACAUCUAGCUUCAGGCCAUGUUAAAAAUGAAAUGGAGAGUUGGAUCGAUGGAUACUACAACAUACGAUUGGAUAAUACAAGGAAUCUUGGUCUCCAGAUGGACUACUUUUUUCAACCUCAGAAGACCUGUCUCAUUUGUGGAGAUGAAGCAUCAGGAUGUCAUUAUGGAGCACUCACCUGUGGCAGUUGCAAGGUGUUCUUCAAGAGAGCAGCUGAAGGAAAACACAAGUUUCUGUGUGCUAGCAGAAAUGAUUGCACUAUUGAUAAAGUACGGAGAAAAAACUGUCCGUCAUGUCGUUUGAGAAAGUGUUUUGCUGCUGGAAUGACACUUGGAGGUCGAAAAUUAAAGAAUGCACGACCAUUCCAAACUGCAGAGGAUACCGACUCUUCAGUUGUGCAAAAGCAACAGAAUACCACUGUCUCCAUUGUCCCAAGGAUUGGUGUACCAAGGAUGCAGAAAUUUCAGUGUCAACCCCUGUUUCUUGCUGUGCUGCAGUCCAUCGAGCCUGAUAUGGUGUAUGCAGGCUAUGAUAAUACACAGCCUGAUACAUCCACCAGUUUGCUAACAAGUCUCAAUGAACUAGGGGAAAGACAACUUGUACGUGUUGUCAAAUGGGCAAAGGUUUUACCAGGUUUUCGCAAUUUACAUGUGGAUGACCAAAUGAGUCUCAUACAGUAUUCGUGGAUGGCAGUUAUGGUCUUCGCAAUGGGAUGGAGGUCUUAUAGAAUUGUGAAUUCCAGAAUGCUCUACUUUGCACCAGACUUGGUAUUUAAUGAGCAACGGAUGCAAAAAUCAACUAUGUAUAAUCUCUGUGUGGAAAUGCAACGACUGUCCCAGGAGUUUCAGUGGCUUCAUAUUUCUCAGGAUGAGUUCCUUUGCAUGAAAGUGUUGCUACUCUUUAGCAUUAUUCCAGUUGAAGGUCUGAAAAAUCAGAAAUACUUUGAUGAGCUGCGUUUGAACUACAUUCAGGAACUAGACAGAGUGAUUUCCUUUCAAGGAAAAGAUACCGCAAACAAUCCACAGCGUUUUUAUCAACUAACGAAGCUCUUGGACUCAUUGCAGAUAACAGUGAGGAAACUCCAUCAGUUUACAUUCGAUCUAUUUGUUCAGUCUCAGACUCUGAGCGUCCAGUUCCCUGAAAUGAUGGCAGAGAUAAUCUCUGCCCAGGUACCAAAGAUCCUCGCUGGUAUGGCCAAACCGAUUCUUUUUCAUGAACAGUGACGUUCAUUGCUUACAUAUGUUAUACUGCCUGUAACUGUACUACCUAGAGUUUAUCUUGUUUUCAAAUUCAUCAGUUCAGUCAAAUGCUAUAUGUGUUCUGAUAAAGAAAUGAAAGAAGUUGUACAAAAUCUACCUUUAUUUCCUGUGGUCAGUUGACCACCCAGUUACAGAGUUGGUCAUGUUAUACAACCAAUCUGAGGUAGGCAAGUUGUAAUCUUAUUGACUCGUUAUUAUGUUGGACCACACAAAUUACUGGUUGAUACCUUGGUUACAUUUAGUAAGAAUCAGCUGCAUUCACCUCUUUAUUGGUCUUUCGGAGUAGUUCCAUUUACUGAUUUUUACUUAAAGCUACCUACAUUAUUUUUAUUAUUUUGAAACUACCUGUUUUCAUUUUAUAUCCUUAAAACAUAUCAGAUAUCAAUUUUGCCUGGUGUUAACUAUUGCCUCAUAUCAUGUUUCAUUGCAUUUAUACAAAAAAUGUUAAGAAGCAAAAUCUGAUGUAAAUUGCAUUUACUUUUAAAAUUUGCACUAAAAUAUUUCCUUUCCUGAAUGCCAGAAAAGAAGUAUCUGUUAUGGUAGGAUUGUAGGAUGGUUCCAGAAUUAUUAAAUUAAUUUUUCUUAUUUGCCAAAAUUCAUUUUAAUGUUAAAAAACAUUCAUUCAAAAGCAUAGAAUCAGAAAAUGUAUAAGUUUGGAUCCGACUAUUUCAUAUUGCAUUUUUAAAGAAUGCUCAAGUACUAUGCUGUUUUGUGCAAACUUUGGUAUCUGGUGUUCGUGCUUAAUUGAUGGAUUUGAGUGUUUGCUUUUUCAACGUAACAAACAGCAGAAUCCCACAUUUUAUAUCUACCAAAGCUUUUUUAAAAAUUUAAAUGAGGUUUCUGUAAUACACUUCUAUUUAAAUAAUCCAUACAGUACAGCACAGUACUGACUGCAUACUUGAUUAUUUAACCUGAAUUUUUGUGUGCCAAAAUUAAUUUUAUUCAGACCACACUGAGAAGGAAAAGUUAGUGAGUGAAACAUUUUGCCUUUAAAUAAUGCAGGUAAAAUCGACCUCGCAAUAAAAGGGACACAUUAUUGAAUUCCUUUUGUUACUUAAAAAUUGCAAGCAUUUUCUUUGGUACGUUAUUUUCUUGGCAACAGGAAAUUUAAUUUUAAAUCAUCAAUUUGUUAAUCGUGUGCAAAGGCAUUACAAAACCACUUCCAAACACAUCGUAAAUAUAUUUAUCUGUAUGAUACCAUUAUAUUUGCACCGUAUUUGGCUUACUGAAAACCAUUUAAGUUAUUGUUGCUUUUUCUGAAAAAAAUGAUGUAUGAAUGUAGGCCAUUUGGUAAAAUUAUCUGGCAUUCACAGAAAAAGGCAUUGAUGCCAGUGGAACUUUCAAAAAUAAUUACAACAGUCCUUUUUUUUAUUUUAAGAUAUGUGCAUGUUAUUAAGCAUUUAGUGUCUGCAAAAAAGAAAAAGGUGUAAAUUUCUAAACUUCAAUAGACAGUAAAAAUAUAGAGACAAUGCAUUUUUCCAUUUGCAGUACUUUCAAAACUAAAUGUCUUGUGUAAAAAUGUUACUGUAGGGCUAAAAAAGUUAAGCAUUUUUUUCUUCUGUGCACAGCACCAGUAUACUGCAUACCUUGUUUGGACUUCUUUCUGAAUUAAAAUUUCUUAUUUUCAGUGCAGCCAAAAGGCAGGCGAAAACUAGGUGUACAAUUCUACAAGCAAAUUCUUUAACAAAAAAUUGUAUUUUUGGAGGGGGGUGUGGGAAAGAAAGAGGAAUGCACUUGUUAUUAUUUUUAAGCAAAUUAAAAGAACUUUUAUUUUAAAAUGA